AUGGUAAAGUGUUUAUGGUGUCUAAAAGAACUAGGUAUUUUUGGAAUGCUUUUUCAUAAAGCUGUAUGCCUUGAAUAUCUAUUCAGCAAAUCUUUAGAAAAAUUAAAAUAAGCUAAAUUAGCAGGGUUAAUUACUAAGGAAUAAUAUCUAAAUGAGAAACGAAAUUUAAGAGAAUAUUUUAUGUCGAGAUUCAAACCUAAAGUGUAUGAAGCAUUUAUUAAGAGAUAAUAAGAGCAAUAAUAUAUUGUUAUUAAUCCAAAUGAUUUAUCUGUUGCCUUAGAAUCUGAUAUAGACAUGAUUUCAAAAAAAGUAUGUAUUGGAAGUUAAGAAAUUUCAUAGAAAUCAUAAUUCUUUUAAUCAUUUCAAAAUCCAAUAGAACAUCAUUAUAAUUAUAUGACAAACGAUUAUUCAGAAUAUUAAGAUAUCUAACUUAUAUUCAAAUCUGAUGAUAAUCAUAUUAAUUAGAUAGAAUUUAAUUAGCAAGAUGAAAAUAGCAUUUAUUAAUUGGAAAUCCAUAAUAUCGGAAAUACUCAUUAAUAAAUAGAUUUAUACGAUAAUUCACAGGAUUAAUUUGUUCAACUUCAAUUCCAAUAAAACCAUAUUUUAUAGUAAAGCUAAGAAAAUUAAGAAGAAGAGGAUAAAUAACUAAAUGCUUCUCUUGAGAUAAAUGAGGAAGAAAAAGAAAAUGUUUUAUUUAAACUACUUCAACAAAAAGUAGUACCAAGUAAAAUAAAAGAAUUUAAUCAAUCUAUUACUAAAAAUAUAAAAUAAACUCAUACUAGAUCAAAAAGUAGAAAAAUUAAAUAGAAUUCUAAUGUUUUUGAAAAUAAAGGAGAUAUAAGUAAACCCUUUUAAUAUCAAGAAGAACUAGCCACUGAAAUCAAAUAAUUUAGUGAUAAUUUUUUAUAAACUAAUAAAAAAAAUCCUCCUAAAUUUUCAUAAAGCACGGAUAAAAUUAACCCAAAAAUUAAUCAAUCAAUUGAAAUUUCAUCUAAAAAAGAACUAAAGAAAAGAUAAAAAAAGAACAAAAAUUUUAUUUAAAAUAAUUCUAAUAAUCAAUUAAAGAAAGAGGAUCAAUAAUAUAAUUCUGAAUAACAAGAAAUUAUAAAGACUAGAUUUUAGGCUUCAUUAGAUAUUAAAUAAAAUAAAACAAAGUCAAAAAGCAUUAAUAGAAGAGAAUAAUAGAAAAUAAAAAAGAAAUGA